AUGGACUUCUUCAUGUCGCCCACAGGGUAUGACAAGAACAGCAGUGUUGCUCCGUGCGCUGCGUGGAUGAUCAAAGCAAUCCCUGACGAUGCCAAGACAGAGGCAAUGUUGAUUCCGAACACGGUUGACAAGGAUAUGAAGUUCACCCUCGCGUGUCAGGGCGUGCAAAUGUCUGGUGAAGUUGUUGAGACUCGUGUGCACUACCCUGUUCUGCGCCAGAAUGAUGACAAGUUCAAGGUUGCUAAGGAGAUGUUGCUGCUUCGCAAGGGGGAGGAUUCUGGCUCGAGAGUCUCUUUGACUAGGUACAUGUUUGACGAAGAGAAGGUGGAAGUCAAGAAGAGAGGCACAGGCUCAGGCGGGGGCAAACAAGCUGCCACCGCCACGCUUCGUGGCGGCGCAGCUGCUGCGGCAAAAGCCCAGCAUCGUGGUGGCAGUGAGGCAAAGGAUGAAUCGCAACUUAUCCUCGGUGACGCAGUCCGUGGCAAUUCUGACAAGUCUUGUGCAUUUUUGUUGAAGUGA